GAAAAACCCCGUGACAUCGACAGCAAAUAAUUCGACAGCAAGUAUUCCUUGUACGUGUUUUGGAACGCACUUUUCUUAUGGUUGGAAUUCAGUAAUGAGAUUUCCAUAUGUCACUAAUUCUUCUGUUUUUAUUAAUCACCCAUCCAUCCACUCGAUACUGACUUCCCAAUAAUAUCAAGUUUCACUGGCGACAUCGCUAUCUCACACUAACAGCAACACUAGAAUGAACGGCGCUGAAGAAAAACAACUAAUAGGACAGCCAAGACAAGCGUUUGUUGAAGAGAGAUUAAACGAUGCUAAACAAGAAGUGGCUGUUCAGAAUCCCAACAGAGGAAAAAGAAAAAAAUGUCUCAUCUUUGUUGUGGUUUUGAUCAUUUGUUUAGUUACCGCGGUAACAAUAACCUUGGUACUUCUGCUCAAAGACGAUAAGCCCAGCACAGGAAUUAAGACAGCAUUGGCAUCGUCUAAUUCCACAGGAAGACCACCAACAGGUCUAGGAAUUAAGACGGCAUUGCCAUCGUCUAAUUCCACAGGAAGACCACCAACAGAAAACUGGAGUAAUUGGACGAGCUGCAGUGUAACUUGCGGUAACGGAUUUCGACAGCGCUUGCGUGGAUGCCCGCAAAGUUCAAACUGCAGCAACUCCAGCGGUGAAGUAAGUACAAGUUCUUGUGUUAUGCCGACCUGUCCUGAGCCUGCGACAUGGGAGCAAUGGAGUCAGUGGUCGCAGUGUAGUGUAACAUGCGCAAGCGGAGUGCAAGCUCGAAAUCGCACCUGCACAGGAAGUAAUAACGCAACCAAGUGCCAGGGAAGUUCUCAAGAGACGCGAGGAUGUACGCUUCCGGCUUGUCCAAGAAAAGAUUGCCUGGACUUGUUUUUGUCCAGAGUAAAUCGUGAUGGGAUAUACACUAUAGAUCCAGACAAUCAAGGACCCUUUCAAGUCUACUGUGACAUGACAACUGACGGAGGGGGGUGGACUGUGUUCCAGAGAAGACUAGACGGAUCUGAAGAUUUCUUCCGUAAUUGGACCGAAUACAAAACCGGCUUCGGAAACCUGUCAGGCGAGUUUUGGCUGGGUAAUGAUAAGAUCCAUCGACUGACAGCCAAUCAGUUGACGCGUCUCAGUGUUGAUUUACAGGCCUUUAGUGGUGGGCUUAAGAAUGCCACUUACGAAAAGUUCCGAGUCGAAAAUGAAACGCUGAAUUACACCCUGACAGUCGAAUCAUACUCGGGAAACGCGGGCGACUCAUUCACUCAACAAAAUGGGAUGAAAUUUACUACCAAGGAUAGAGACAAUGAUAAAGAGGGUCCGUCUAACUGUGCCGUGGGAUAUCCCGGGGGUUGGUGGUUUAAAGCCUGUCUUCCUGUCAACCUCAAUGGAAAAUAUGUCGGCAAUAGCAGGGACCGUCAAGGUAUUAUAUGGCUUAGGAUAUCGACUGCCGCGUUUAAUUCUCUGAAAUACACGCAAAUGAGAAUUCGCCGACGUUAAUUCAGGGUAAAAGAGACCUUUAGGAUCAGGUUUACCGCUAACCGUUAGGGAUCAGGCCCAGAAACACGCACGCAAACACGGAGAAACACUCAGCAUCAAUGAAAUUCAAUAUGGCGGCUUUUCUAGCAACAACUUCGUUAUGACGCCUUGCUAAAUGUUGAAAGUUUGACGGAAAACACCUGACGUCGAACUGCAGUUUGAGGUUUGUGACUCCUACCAAGAAGGUCGUGCCAGAGGUUUCUAAUGUAACUGCAACUGUAACGUUCCACUAUCGUGACCAUCAUCCUGGCAACCAGUUACCAUUCCAAUAACAUAGUAUUCUUGGAGCAAUGCUGAUGUUAUGCUGCAAGCUGCGGAUUAGCCAUUCCGAGGUUGCAGAUAACAACAGGGUCAAGCUGGCAUUGCAGUGUGCAUUGUGGGAAUGUUUAGGGGAUAUAUUUUCGAGGUGGCAUGCAUUUCGUCUACGGUUUGUAAUUAUAUGCAAAGUAGGACAUUUUUCGGCCCUCCCCACAAAAAAAUAUUUUUCUUAUGCACUUUUAUCAGAUACGUGUACUUUCGGAGGUACUUUUUUUAUCGUAGGUUCAUAUUGUUUUCGGAGUUACAUUUUUUUGGGGGAGCUACAUUUUUUUCGGAAGUACAUUUUUUUCGGAGGAUAAUUUUUUUAUAGUAGACCAGCAUCCCUUGCGAGUCCUAAUUUAUUACACACAGCGGACAAAAUGGCGGACAUUCGGGUUGUUGUAGCCCGAAGAUCCAGGGAAGUGGCCUUGGAAAUAUCUAGUUUCUUAGCUGAACCAACUAUUGACUCAGAAAAGAUGAAAGUAAUACACAGUGCACUGCAAUACCAACUUGACCCAGUUUUUAUCUGCCACCUCGGAAUGGCUAAUAGUGCUGCGGGACUAAAAUUAGGUCUUUCUACCUUACGUUACUAUGCUAAGCGUGUCAAUUUUUUUGUUUUACAGUUUGUCAUACUCUUAUUAUAAGCUUAUUAUAAUCUUGGUGGAAUUUUGAAUUGAUUAUCGUUUCAAACGUGUACAUUUAAUGGCUCCCAGCUAUAGCUAGAACUGCGUUGUGUUUUUGGUCAGAACAUAAACCGUGAUUUAACUUUU